GAAAGAGCUGUCAUCUUUUUAUACUUGUUGGCCCAGUUCUCCUUCUUCUUUGAUCCCGCCGCAACGGUUUUUUUUGUUUGCUCUUUGACCCCGAGAUCUGGUUGUAUUAUUUUAUUCGAACUAUAUAUAUCAAUACCGCCGUCCCGCCCGUUUGGGUUAAUUAUUAUUGUCUUCAUUCGCACCCGGAAUAAUCCUGAAUCAUCCUGAAUCAUCCUGAAUAAAACCUCCUUUCCGCGCUCCGCUUUAUAUAAACCUUGGUCCCCGGACUCUGAUUAUCUAUCUCCUCCUUCCUUCCUUCCUUCCUUCCUUCCUUCCUUCCCUCCCUCCCUCUUUCACUCAUAUCAAACAACAUACAACAUACAUACUACCAUAUCUUCCUACUACUACUACUACUACUACUACUACUACUACUACUACUCCUACUCCUCCUCCAUACAGUAUUCAUGGCAGAAGCUAUCUUGUCAAUACCUGACUGCUACUACAACAACCUCUACAAUCGGCAUCAGUCUCUCAAUAAGAAUAAUAAACCUCGAAGCACAUCCUCCUCCUCCUCCUCCUCCUCCUCCACUACCAGCAGAAUGUGGUCCGGAUUCAGCUUCAGCAACAGCACCUUCUCCUCGCCAUCAGGCUCCCCGUCGUCCUCUCUUCCUCCGCCGCCUCCUCCCUCGCCCAACGACUCUCUGCUGGACAUUGCUCCCCGCAAGAGUUCGUUCUCCAUGACCUCGGGCAGAAAUACCUCCUGUGCCUUUCCCUCCUGGCCCAACCGCUCCUCACUCUUCUCCGACUCAGACUCCUCCGCCAGCUCCUAUCUCUCAGACGAGGAUCUCUUCCCAACCUCGCCCUCGCCUAGCUCCGAAUCCGCCUUUGAAGAAGAUGCCGUUUCCUACCACCCAGUCUUUGCCGCCGGAGACCUGACCACAGAAGAGCAAAUCUCCCUGAUCAACGGGCGAGUAGAUGAAGAGGAGCGACGCCAGAGAUACCUUGCCAACGCCCACGCUCAGCUCCGCGCGCAACAAGCACAACGAGCAGCCCAGAUACUUGCUGCUGAGCAAUCAAGCGGCAAGAGGAGAAAGCGACGCGUUGUUGCGGACAAGAAGCGCAGGACAACAUCAUCAUCAUCAUCGCCAUCACCGUCUUCGGCUUCGGCUUCCUCCAAACCGUCUUCUAGCUGAGUUUUAUUCUAAAAGUAUGUGACGUGUGCUCAUGCUCACAUUGCAUCACAUGCAUAACUCAUCAAAAUCCUCAUUCCACACACCUCCCAAGUUUAGAACCUCCUAAACUCAACAAAACUCAACCUCCUCUACGAAGAUAACAACCUCGACGGAGCAUAUGCCAACACGUGCAUUGCCUCGCUUGUUUUACUUUACCCGGUGUGCCCAACAUCCAUCCUACAUGGGUUAAAUUCCGAUGAUGUGGAGACUCUAAGGAAACCCGAAGACGCGAAAACGCGAAAACGACUUUUUAUUUUUGUUGAUUUUUCGUCGGAAUUUUCCCUCCAGGGCCCCCCACCAUGUGAAAGAGCGGUGUCGCGGAUCCGGAAGGAAUUAGUCGGGACAGAAAAAAGAGACGCGAUGCCUUUUUUUUUUUUUUUUUUUU